GGGAUAUAUUGUGCGGAUAUUACGUCUCUCCGAACGCGAGCAGGCCACCAUCAAAGCUCAUUUCCUUCGAGCGAUUUUUGCCCUUCGCAGUCUGAUAUCGAGAAUGUACCAAUUACUGCCUUUGUUGCUGGUGGUGCUGCCGGUGUUCGCUCAAAAUGAGUCGUCACAGACCACAGCCAAACUUCCUGUCGUAGAUCUGGGAUACACUAUGCACCAGGCCACAUUCAACCUCACCGGCAACUACUACAACUUCUCCAACAUCCGCUAUGCCGAGCCCCCCCUAGGAAAACUCCGCUUCGCCGCCCCCGUGCCCCCCAAAGGACGGAACCGCACCAUUGAGAAUGGCGCCGUCGCCCGCAUCUGCCCCCAAGCAUACCCGCUUGCCGUCUUUACCAACCAGAUCUACAACUCUUACUACAGUAUGACCGGCCAAACGAGCCUCGACGGCUUCGAUAACGCCACGGUUGGGUUUGAUUACCCGCGUAACACACCCUUGGACCCGCGGGCUACGGAAGAUUGUCUCUUCUUAGAUGUAAUGGUGCCGCGUAAGGUUUUCGAGAAACGAACAUCGGGGGGCGAAAAGCGCGGCAAAGGCGCGCCCGUCAUGGUGUGGAUCCACGGCGGCGGCUAUGGCGCGGGGACGAAGUACGACGUGCCCCCCGCAGGCCUGCUAUCGCGGAGUCAGUUGGACUCCGCAGACGGCGUCAUCUACGUCGCCAUCAACUACAGACUCGGCGCCCUCGGCUGGUCCUCCGGCCCCUCCUUUUCCACCUCUGGCCUCCCCAACGCUGGCUUCCACGACCAGCGCCUCGCCCUCAACUGGGUGAAGAAGAACAUCCACCUCUUCGGCGGCGACCCCAACCGCGUGACCGCCUUCGGCGAGUCUGCGGGCGGCGGCUCCAUCGCGUUCCAGAUCACUGCGUACGGGGGCGAGAAGGGCAGGGCGCCGUUCCAGCAGGCCAUCCUGCAGAGUCCCGGGUUUGUGCCUCCGGUGGGGAAGUUCGAGGCAGAGGCGAAUUUCAAGGCGUUUUUGGGGGCGCUGAAUGUCUCGAGUUUGGAUGAGGCAAGGCAGAUUGACAGCAAGACGCUGCUGGCGGUCAAUGAGUUGCAGGUUAGGAAUUCGAGGACGGGGUCCUGGACUUACGGUCCGGUUGUGGAUGGCACUUUUGUUCCCGAGUUGCCGAGUCUACUGUUCUUGCAUAAUCGGUUUGACCGUUCUGUCAAUGUCAUGGUAGGACAUAACGGAGACGAGGGUGUUGGAUACCCAGGUCUGACCAGCGACGCUGCAUUCGAUGCGUACGUCGAUCUCAUGUUCUCGGAUGCUCCAGUGUCGGCCCGCAAAUACAUCACUGAAGUACUCUACCCCCCCAUUCUGGAGUCUACACGAGACUUGUUCCAAGACUACAACCCCGCGACCUCCACCUCCCUCGUCGUCACCGGCUACAACAACACCCACGGCCGCCAAAACCUCCUCACCUCUGAAACCGUCAUCAACUGCCUCACCACCCAAGUCAGCAACGCCUUCCGCGGCCGCUCCUACGCCUACCUCUUCGCGACGCCGCCCGCCCUACACGGCCAGGAACUGUACUACGUGUUCUACAACGAGCAAGCCACAGACGUGUUCUACCGCCCGAUCAACGUCACGCUCGCGCACAUCAUGCAAGACUACUGGCUGAACUUCGCGCGCACGGGGACCCCCAACGGGAAAGGGGUGCCGACGUUUGCGCCCUACGGCAGCGGCAAGAGUGUGCAGAGUCUGAGUCUGGCGGGCGUGGGGGCCACGCAGGACGUGUCUGACAACGAGCGGUGUCGGUGGUGGCAGCUGGGGUUGUACAUGUAGCGGCA